AUACAUAAAUUCAUAAAAUAAAAUACAGCACAAACACAUAUAUAUACAAUAUACAUUAAAACCACACACAUUUAAAAAACAAACACAAAUUUUUUAAUAAAGCACAUAAAAGAAAGAAAAUGGAUGCGGUCAGGGCAGACUAUGCUUUACUCGCAUUUGACACUUAUACCGAUUACAUUCAAUCAUUCAUCAACGCAGACGAUCGUCGUUAUUUGCAGAGUUCGACUGUCAUUGAACAAUAUAUUAAACUUGGCUAUCGGACCACGAGUAAAAUCUAUGAGAGAGAGGAAUUCAUAAAAACUCGAGCAAAGGCAAUGGAAAUGAUUAACCCGAAGAAACAAUUGAAUUUGCAGUACGGCAAAUACUUAAAUAACAACGAUCCUGGUCUACUGGCAUUGGCGAAACGCGAGAUGCCCAAUGUAUUGCAAAAGGUUUCGACUAUCAUUUUUCUGGUGGUGCGCCGACCGAGUGGUUUUGAUAUAUCGGGCUAUAUGGACUAUGCGAGUAGUUUGCGCAGCUUCGCCUUGAAUCAGCGUGGAUCGACAAAUUGGAAGGGCGUAUUCGAGGGAACGACUCAAUUGCGCCCUAGGCCCAAUCAUUUGAGCUACUAUGAUCUUCAUAAAAAAGUCCUGACAUACAACGAUAGUGAAAAUUAUGAAACAUUGCAUAUCGGACAAUCACUGGUAUUCAUGCACAAGGGUGACCAUAAGAUCAUUCAUUUGGAUGUAAGUCAUGAUACUUCUUGCGUCAAACGUACUAUGAUACAUUCUCCCCUAAUUGGCACUAUCAUUUUUUACGAUCACAUUGUUAGAAAGCCCAUUUAGCAUCAUAAGCAAGACAAUAAAUAUUUUAUUCUCAA